CCGACCCUGCGCUCACUAGUUGUGUCUCGCGUUCUUGCAGAUCUGGAGCAAACCUGCCAACCCACCUACUUCCUGUAGUCAGCAAUUCCAUCCCUAACUGAGGGAAAAAAAGGGAAGGAAGAAUUUUCUAAGUGUUCUAAAUAAGGCUUUCUGAAAAGCAAAACUCCACUCGCAUGUGUGCUGGGAGGCCGUUGCGUCGAUCGUGGGUAGAAGUAAAACACGCUGUGGGUUCAAAACAAGAAGUGUAUUAACCCUGCAAAUCCAUGGCACGGAGAAUACAAUUGAUGCGCAUAUUUUUUGCAUGAAAGUGAAAUCAGUUCAAACUCCGAGCUUGGGAAGGGAACUCAUCCUACGUUCUAUCAGAAUCCCAAGUGCGUUCAUGUAUUGGAAAAAUGAGGUUUUGGCCCCUCUACCAGAGGGAAAUAAGUUUUUAUCCGAAGGAAUUCCCUCAAAACAGGUGAUUUCUCCAGAAACGCCGCAGAGUACACCGGGUGCCUCGCGCUGUGUGGAAGCCAAAUACACACACGUCAUGUCUCACUCAGACGGAGAAUCCCACCGAUCGAACAUGGAGAGGGAGGACACGCGCUCCUCCCCAAGUCCCCCCUCUACCCCGUAUAUCUGCUCACCUAUCUCCACCGCCUCCUCCGUUCCGUCCACGGGGAAGAACGUGUGUGCGAGCUGUGGUUUGGAGAUCCUGGACAGAUACCUUCUCAAGGUGAAUAACUUGAUCUGGCACGUGAGGUGUCUAGAGUGUUCUGUCUGCCGGACGUCGUUGCGUCAACACAACAGCUGUUACAUCAAAAACAAAGAGGUCUUCUGUAAAAUGGAUUAUUUCAGUAAGUUCGGUACAAAGUGUGCCCGGUGCGGCCGCCAGAUCUACUCCAGCGACUGGGUGCGUCGAGCCAGGGGCAACGCCUAUCACCUGGCGUGCUUCGCCUGCUUCUCCUGCAAGAGGCAGCUGUCCACGGGAGAGGAGUUUGGCCUGGUAGAGGAGAAGGUGCUCUGCAGGAUCCACUACGACACCAUGGUGGAAAACCUCGAACGAGCUGCCGAGAGCGGAAGUGGCAUCACUCUGGAGGGGGCAGUGCCAUCAGAGCAGGACAGCCAACCCAAGCCUGCCAAGAGAGCACGCACCUCCUUCACUGCUGAGCAGCUGCAGGUGAUGCAGGCUCAGUUUGCACAGGACAACAACCCUGAUGCACAGACCCUGCAGAAACUGGCGGACAUGACGGGUCUAAGCAGGAGAGUCAUACAGGUUUGGUUUCAAAACUGCAGAGCAAGACACAAAAAGCAUACCCCCCAGCACAGCGGACCCCCGCAAGGCCACCCCCAGUCCCGGAUGCCCCCUUCACUGCCCGACGACCUGCAUUACUCCCCCUUUGGCAGUCCUGAGAGGGCACGCAUGGUGGCCCUGCACGGAUACAUCGAUAGUGAGUGUUACAUUGGCCACCCGUUCUCCGUUCUAACGCCACAGAGCCUGAACCCCCAUCAAGCCAUGUCGCUACCCCAGCUACCCCUCAGCCGCUAACUAACGGACGCUGCCGCCGCUGCCACCACCCCGACCUCUGACCCUUGUACCCUGACCUCCCAUCAGCAAUCUCCGUCCACCGACUCGAACCCAGAGGUCAAACAUGAUGAAUCGAGAAGCUCUCUACUCUUGAGCUCUCACCCUUAACCACUCUGGACGGAGAGAGAGACUUCCUCAUCGACUCUUUUCCUAUGAACAGGAUUAUGAUUAUACAGCCAGUCUGACUGUUGUCAUGGAGGAUGUGAGCCCUUCCUUUUGCUCACUGGGACUUAUUCACAGUCAAGACACAUCCAACUAGACUAUGAGCUCCUUGUGCAGAGCAGGACUGAAAGGACUCCUCUCUCCAUCCUCUGAUGUGGGUGACAGGACCAGGCUAACAGGAGUACAGCCUCAUGUGCGCUGUCAGAUUUCUGAAGAUUUACUUAUGAGGGAAAAAAACGACAAGGGAUUGGACUUGUGGGCUUGACAGAGGACACUGAGGUAAGAAACCUCCCUCCUUUCUCUCUUUGAUGAUACCAUAAAGGAAUGUGAAAUAACUGACAGUUUUGGUGUGCAAUCUACUUCGAACUCAAAACGAGUAUUUUUUUUAUUUUUAUUGGUAUUGUUUGAAAUCAUGUGGUAAUCAGCUCUCCGUUAAUACACUGUCACCCGCAGCCUUCUGUAUAGGAUAUAAGCCUCAGAUGAGGAUAGAUUGUGUGCCUUAUCUUAUCAAUGAUAAGCAAACAGAACGACCAUAAUAUGGUUGUUUUGAAUUAUGAAUAAUUUCUAGGCAGCUGAAGUAAAACACAAAAAUUCACAGAAAAACUAAAAACUCUAAUUUAUUAGGAUGAUUUUUUAAAUAGUGGCAAGGUGUAACUUUACAUUUUUACUGGUGAAAAUAUUGAAAGAUUUUUUUGGGGCGAUUUGAAUUUUCACCAUAUCCUCUUGUGCAAAAAUGAUGAUACAUAUCAAUGUAUUGUUAUAAUAUGGAUAUUUCAAUCAUUUGAAGCUCCAAAUUGUAAAAUUAUGAUUUACUGUAACACCCUUGUAAGGCUUUUGACAUUGACAUACCUCUGUUAAAUGUUUAACAAUCGCAUUGAGUAUGAGAGAAAGAGAGGGAGGUCUGAAAUGUGUCUUCCUCCAGUUGUAAAAAAGGACUAAAAUAUAAUACAUGUCACAUUGCAUGUAAUAGCUACCUUUUUUAACCAGAUGUAUUGUCACUAAUUUAUAAUUUAUGUCUGUGCAGGAUCCAUGUCAGGUCAGUGUUUUGUUUUUGUCUUCUACAAUUGUCCAGCAUGUGUGCUUCACUUCUAUGCGGUGAAAUGGAGAUGUGGUACAAUGACAGUUAGCGGACUAGGGAUAUGAUGUGUAUAUAGACGUCUGUGGCUGGUCAGCCUGACUGGCAGACAGACAGGGGAGAUGGAGGUUGUGUGAAACUGUAACUUUGUGUCUUGGCUGUGGAGUGGAGUCAGUGAGGAAUAGGACCAUGUGUUUACGAAGGGACUAAGGGAGACAAGACCUCGAUGUUCUCGUAUUUAUUGAGACAAUAGCCUGUAAGCACUUUUUUUCCCGAAAAUUGUCAAAAUGGUCGUUUUAUUAAAAAAUUUAAUGAAACAGAAGUUUAUUUGAUUGACUGUGCAUUACAUAAAUGUUUUGUGUACUAAAUGCAAUAAAACGGACUUAAAAAUGUGA